AUGUCUUCAAGAGGCCGCGGUUCGGGAUCCAGCCGCAGUUCUAGUAGAAGGGGUUACUCAAAACCAGCACCGACUUCAUUCAGCAAUCCUCAACCUUCAGCAGCUAAACCUUCUCUAUUUGGAUGGCAAGAAAAACCAGCCCAAUCGGCACAUAUUCCAUCUCAUAAACAAAGUCACUCGUAUCCGUCAAGCAACACAGGACUUUCUGGCAGCAAUCCACCCAAAACGCAGACAAUACACCAAGAAAGUAUUCAAAGGAGUAACGUACCAGUACCAGCCCAACAAACUCCAAUAAGGACAGCACCUCAAUCACAGGCAACUAACCAAAUGACUCAUUCAUAUCCUGCGUCAAAUGGUUUAUCGGGAAAUUCUAAACCCGGUGGAUUGUCCGGUUCAGCGCCCGGAUAUCCAUCCAAUGCAGCACCACCUCCAUAUAGUCCAGUGGAUACCCAUCGAUCCUACGGUAGUAAUCAAGCAACUAAUAAUUUCGGGAAUAGUUAUCAGCAUCCUCAGGGACCACCACCACCGUAUACUAACAACGCACAUAACUAUGGCGGCUAUGGAGGGCAUGGAUACAACCCGGGGUAUAAUCCACAAGCACCGGGAUACUUUGGAAACUAUGUAAGUAAAGGCCAAAAUUUCGGAGGUAUGAGUCGGACGGGCUCUGCUCUUACAGGUGUUGGAAUUGCUGGAGCAGGUGUUGGUACGAUAUUAACUGGUUUAGCGCUGUGGAAUUUAGCUCGAUCUACUGGUCAUCAUCAUCAUACCGUUAUUUACGAUAACAGAGGUCAACCAGUUGCUGUGGCCCCAAGUAAUAAUACACAGCCUAUAGCUGAUCCCAUAUUAGGUGAUUUGAUAAAUUGUACACUCACAAUAAGCAACGAUAAUGCCACUGAAAUCCUCGCUAUCCCUUGCGCCAUCGCCACUUCCUUCACACCAGAUGCUAAUGUAAAAGAUUCAAAUAUAAAUGUCAAUAAUCCGAAUGAUACGACAAAAUGUAUUAUAACCGUAGUUACAAAAAAUUAUAAAGAGUUUAUGACCACUAUACCUUGUUCAAUACUCUUAAGUACUGCUGCAAGUAAUAAUGUGACUGAACCACCUAUUUUUAGCAACGAUACAGACAAUAAUUAUAGUACCUUGAUACCUUUAAAUGUAACAGCUGUAGGAAAUAAAACCUUGACAUCUCAAGAAAGUGCAGUUGUUGUCAAUGGAACAUUUGUACCUUUGCAAAUUGCGCCCAUUAAUCAGCCUGCAGCCCUUAAAUUAACGAGUGACAGCAUUACUGAAUACAAUGAAAAACUGAAUUGCACGUUCGAAGUCGGUGAAAUAAGAGAUCCUAUUAACCCGUGUUUUAGUAUAACGAAUGAUUUAACUGUUAUUCCUCUAACAGUAACUAACAAACCAUAA